GGAGCUUCAACAUCGCGAAGACUAAACGAAGCUCAGUUUAACCCAUCACCCCUCACCGUCGACCCUGUCAAUCCUUCGAGCCUCGAAACCCCCUUUCCACCGCCAAAAUGGUUCAGAUGUACUCUAUCGCCGGUCGCCAGAUUGGCUCCCACUACCUGGCCAUUGGCGUCCUCGCCACCCUCUUCACCGGCUCUUACGUCUCCCUCAGUGGCGGUAGCAAGGCCCCCGCUGCCACUCCCCCCAUCAACGCCUCCAGCUCGGACGAAGCCGACUUCAUCAAGAAGUUCCUCGACAGCCAGGACAAGGAUGCGAAGAAGCACUAA